CCCGCACUCUGCUCCUGCCUCGCACAGAAGAAAGCUGGUGGCUGCUCCUGCUGCAACAGAGAGGAAGCUUGGAGAGGGGCUCUCUUGCAGGUGCCAUGGAUCUGGAGUCCGUCUCCGCGUUCAUGAAGGGUCUGGAGUCCGUCUCUGAGCUCAUGAAUGGCGUGGAGUUAAUCUCAGCUCACAUGGAAGCCCUAGAUCUCAGGUUGGAGCCAAAGGAUCUGUUCAAUGGCACCAUAAAGGUGUUUGAGGAGUUCAUGGAUCUGUUCCAAGACAAAGGGCAGGCUGACGUGGCUUCUAUCACACAGGCAGAGCUGGACUCGUUCAAAUCCACCAUGCUCAACAUCGCAGUCACGGGAGAGACGGGGGCGGGGAAAUCGUCCUUCAUCAACGCCCUGCGGGGCCUGACGGCGGAGGACGACGGGGCUGCCCCCACUGGGGUGACAGAAACGACAAAGCAGCCAACUGUUUAUCCGCACCCGAACCACCCCAACGUGAGGCUGUGGGACCUGCCUGGCAUCAGGGGCCCGGAUUUCCACCCACACACAUACCUGCGUAAAGUGAAUUUCAAGACCUACGAUUUCUUCGUGAUCGUUGCUUCGGAGCGCUUCAAAUUCAGCCACGCUGCCCUGGCCCAGGAGAUCGGGAGGAUGGGCAAGAGGUUCUAUUUUGUGCGCUCCAAGGUAGACGAAGACCUGCGCAAUGAAGAAAGGGAUCGCCCCAGGACGUUCCGUCGGGAGAUGGUCCUGCAGCGACUCCAGGCAGACUGCAGGGAGAACCUGCAAAGGGCAGGAAUGAGCCAUCCUGAGAUUUUCCUUCUCUCCAGCUGUGAUUUCUCGCAGUACGAUGCUCCUGCUCUGCUCAGGGCUUUGCGGGAUGAUCUCCCAAGCCUGCAGAGACUCGCCUUCCUGCUCAGUCUCCCAAACCUGUCUGCCGACAUCAUCAACGAGAAGGAAGCUGCUCUGCAGAAGCUGGUGUGGCUCAUAUCCCUGGGGUCGGCUUUAGUCAAUGCUGUGCCAAUCCCACGGCUCUCAGUUGCUUGUGAUAUCAGCAUCCUGAUAGGCUCCAUGAUCGGCUUCUACAAGUACUUCGGCCUAGACGACGGCUCCUUGGCUGCGCUGGCCAGGCAGUGUGGGAAGCCCAUCGCAGAGCUGAAGGCUGUUAUCACAUGUCCUGAGGCUGACAAAAUAACCAAUGAUGUUGUCAUCAAACUGCUGCUAAAGGAGAAGGCUGUCCCGGCAUUAAUUGCAAACAUACCAAUCGCUGGACCCCUGUUAGCCGCAGGAAUGUCUUUUGCAACCACUUACUUCAUGAUGUUGCACUUUGUCAAUGAAAUGGCUGAAGAUGCCAAAAGAGUUCGGCAGACGGCUUUGGGGGAAGGCAGGAAAAAGCUUCAGUGAUCAGCAGACGUGUUCGUGGAUGAGAUACUCAAU